GGGGUGAUGUACGUAAGCUGGAAGAGCCGCACGUCCCUAACAGGCUAUAUGCAGACGACAAAUCCUGAACGCUGGCAAAGAUGGCGGCAAGACGAGAUUCGUCUAUUCUAGCGGGACUGGCUUGUGCCGUAUUCAUCCUUUUAUGCUCAGUAUCAGAAGUCAGUAGUAAUCGGGAAGGAAGGAAGUUUGUUACUUUCACUGUUGCAACUGAUGAGACUGAUGGCUUCAAGAGGUUUAUGAGAUCAGCAGAUAAGUAUAAUAUUCAAGUGCAGGUGUUGGGAAUGCACCAGGAAUGGCUGGGGGGAGAUGUCCAGAACAAUAUUGGCGGAGGGCAGAAAGUUUUGCUGCUGAAGGAGGCCCUGAAGAAGUACAAAGAUGACAAGGACCUCGUCAUCAUGUUUUCUGACAGUUACGAUGUGAUCAUCACUGCAGAAAAGGAGGAGAUUUUGCGAAAGUUUGAUGACUUCAAUGCCAGAGUAGUGUUUGGAGCUGAGGGCUUUUGCUGGCCUGACAGAACCCUUGCGGACCUCUACCCGGAAGUACGACUCGGUAAACCAUAUCUCAAUUCUGGAGGCUUCAUUGGUUACGCUUCGGAACUUUACCAGAUAGUGAGUCAUACAUCUAUCCAGAACCAGCAUGAUGAUCAGCUCUACUACACCAGGAUCUUCCUCAACCCUGAACUGAGAGAAAAGUUCAAAAUGAAACUUGACCAUACAUCAGAAAUCUUCCAGAACAUGAAUGGUGCAGGAGCUGACCUGACCCUGAAGUUUGAUGAUGACAAGACCAGGUUAAGGAACAGAGUAUACAACACAGAACCUUGCAUCAUCCAUGGAAAUGGACCACAAAAGUUGGUGCUAAAUCAUAUUGGGAACUAUGUUGCUGAUAGCUGGUCCUUUGAUGAAUGCCACAGUUGCAAGGAAAAUACUUUCAGCUUGAAGACGUACAAGAGAGAUGACUACCCUGUUGUUGUGAUAGGACUGUUUAUUGAGCAGCCUACCCCAUUUGUUCCUGAAUUCUUGAACAAGAUCUACAACUUGGACUAUCCCAAGAACAAGAUUGUGCUGUUCAUUCACAACCAUGAGGAACACCAUGCAGGUGAUGUGCAGGAGUUUGUGAAGAACUAUGGUGGGGACUACAAGGCAGUGCGAGAAGUCACCCCCAGUAUGAACAUGAACCAGUGGUACGCCAGGAAACAGGGCCUAUCUGAGUGCAUCGGUGUCAAGUGUGACUACUACUUAUCAGUGGAUGCUGAUGUACAGAUUACCAACCCCAAGACUCUACAGAUCCUGAUACAGCAGAACAGAUCUGUCAUUGCUCCCAUGGCUACCAAGUAUGGUAAGCUGUGGAGUAACUUCUGGGGUGCCAUUGGUGAUGAUGGCUUUUAUGCAAGAUCGGACGACUACAUUGACAUUGUGCAGGGCACCAAAAAAGGUGUGUGGAAUGUGCCGUACAUAAACAAUGUGUACCUUAUCCAUGGAAGUUUGCUUCAGCAGCCGAAGACCAUGCCAAAUUUUAUUGUGGGUCAGCUAGAUGCAGAUAUGGCCUUCUGUGCAAGCUUAAGAGAAAAGGGUAUCUUCAUGUAUGUAACCAAUAUGGAUACUUUUGGUCGGCUGACAACAACAACAAGCUACAGCACAGAGCACCUCCAUCCAGAUAUGUGGCAGAUGUACGACAACAGACCUGACUGGGAAGAAAAGUAUAUUCACGCAGAUUUCUACAAGAUGUUGGACCCUAAAACAGAAGUUGAAAUGCCAUGUCCAGAUGUGUACUGGUUCCCAAUAGUUACGGAAACUUUCUGUAAGCACCUUGUGGAGGAGAUGGAGAACUAUGGAGAGUGGUCUGCUGGGAAGAAUGAGGAUCUCCGCCUAUCCAGUGGAUACGAAAAUGUACCAACAGUCGAUAUUCACAUGAAUCAAAUUGGUUUCGAGCGCGAGUGGCUUCAUUUCCUCAAGGAGUUUGUGACGAAACUACAGGAAAAAGUAUAUCCUGGGUAUUACUCCGAGGCUCAGGCAAUUAUGAACUUUGUGGUUCGCUACCAUCCACAAGAACAGCCGUUCCUGAGGCCCCACCAUGACUCAUCUACCUUCACCAUCAACCUUGCUCUCAACAAAGCUGGCGUGGACUUUGAGGGAGGAGGUUGUCGCUUCCUUCGUUACAACUGCUCCGUAACCAACACAAAAAUGGGCUGGUUACUGAUGCAUCCUGGUCGUCUGACCCACUAUCACGAAGGCCUGCCAACUACAAAUGGAACAAGAUACAUCAUGAUUUCCUUUGUGGACCCUUAAACCUCCAGCGCAGGCGAGUAUUGUAGCAUCAUGUAAAACUUCAGACCAGUUUUAUGGUGGCUGAACUGCAUCUCCUGAUAUCGCCAUUGCAUUGUUUACAGUAUGUACAAGUAAACCUUGUCAGGUUUGGUUAAUUACAUAGUGCCAACUUUUUGUAUUUACAUAUAUCUUGCAUAGCUGAUGUAAAUUCAUGUGUGAACUGGUCUGUUUGACCUUAUUAUGUAUAAUUUGGAGAUUCAUGUCACUACCUGUACUGGCAUUUUUUUUAAUGCAACUGUCAGCUAACAUGGAGCUUUUCAUUCCCCUAAAAUAUACAUGUAUUUAUUACACAGCUGCAAAGUUUACUUGUCAGACUUUAUUGUACUUAGACAUCAGCAUGCUUGAAAGUUGUUCUGUGUUCGUAAAAUUUACUCCAAAACAGAACCUUAACUGUGAUUUUCAAAACAAAGACACAGAUUUUCCACUGUAUGGCACCUAUUUUUGUCUUUGUUAAGAAAUAAACAAUUCACUGCUUCUGAAAUGUCACUUUCUGUACAUAUACUUGUUGCAUAGACAUGUAGCUUUCCAAAGAUCCCCAACAACUGAUCCACUGCUGAUCGAGUUAAGGGUUCAAUCUGCAUAAAGUGACACCAGGAAGCAUUCAUUGACAAGGACAAGUACAGUGGAAAAUAAAUGGAACUUUUUUCUUUUGUUGGAAAUCUCAUUUAAGGUCCACAAUCACCCUCAAGCAAUGUAUUACAUGUAUUUCUUUAGUGAUGGUUAAGUUUUUGUCCAAAUGGACAACAGAUCUUGAUACUUGUAACUCUCUUUUUAUGCCAAGGACCAACAAUCAUGAAUUUUGUAAUUCUCUUUGUAUCUGUAGUUUUGAUAUUUAAUGUGUUCAGAAGUAAGUGACAAAAUGGGAUGCCUACAUGUAUACAUGUACAUGUAAUCAUAAGAACUUGUCACAUGUUGCAGUAUUGGAGAGAUUGCACGUUAUUCUAUAGAUAUAAAUAUAGACCAUAUUUUUGUAGUCAAAGGGGAUGAAUCAAUUCUCCAUACACACAGAAUUGAUGACAUUUGCAAAGUGAUAUCUGAGUCCUAAGUUUAUCUUGUUGACAGAGGGUUUUGACACUUCAAAUUCAAAAUCAAUGAUAUUACAAUUCAUUUACAGCUGUUGGGGUUCUUUUGCGAAUUUCAAAAGGUUGCACUUAAGCUGUUGAUCUGUGAGCAAUAAUGAUUCCAAGGAUGGCACUCUACCCCAAGAUGUAAAAUUGUAGCUAUAGUAUUCAUCAUCAUUAGUCCUGUAAUUAGUCAGUGGUAGUUUUACCGUAUGAAAUAUUAUCAUGUAUGUUUGAAAAUUCCUUUUCCUUUUUAACAUUUGAGCAGUUUGUCAACAGGGUUAUUUUAAGUUCAUUUUGUAGAGAGAAUGCCUUAUGGGCUGCUGUUAGUUUACCUUCUUAUAUAUCUUUAUAACCAGCGUGUGGUAUCAUUGGCAUAUAUAGACUGCAUACUUUUAGUCUUGGGAAUUAAAAUUAAUGAGUCUUGCAAAGUA